GUCAAGGUUAAAGGUGAAACCGAGUCCACAAAAGGUUACCUCAAGUGCACAGAAACAUAGUCUGUAGUAACAUGUCUAACUGUUAGGGAGUAGAUGCCCCUAAAAAUCAAUAAUUGAACAAGGUCAUAUCAAUUUACUGUUUGCCUGUUUUAGCUGUUACCAUGGCAGGGACUCAUCUAUUAUUAACCAUUUGGGUGUCUAGUAUUUGCCCUCAGUGUAUUUUGAGCUCAGGUUUGAAGCGUCAGUGGACUUUAUUGUAGGGUAAUUGCAUGUGUCAUAGACUUACAAGAGGGUUAAGGCUUUACUGAAUGGGUGAAAGAAGAUGUAAAAUCUUAUAUUUCUAAUGGAGGGGCCACAAGUCAAACUGAUGAAGGACAAGGCAGGUAAAACAGUGCGCUUCAGAGUGGCAUCUGCCAACAGCGGCCGCGUGCUCACAGAGGUAUUCAAGGAUGAGACGGGCUGGAGCAGGUCAGUGUCACACUCAGUGGACUCUGACAGCACCGGGAGCCCAGACAUGGAGCAGGAGAGCCCCCUGCCUCCCAGUGAGGCCAACAGCCACCUGAACGGACUGAGGGUGGGCAGCCCUGUGGACGAGAGCGGGGCUGAACCUGAUGAGCUGCUGCUGUAUGCCAGUGCCAAGAGAGAGAUGUUCUUCACCAACAAAAGGAUCAACAUCUGCAGCAAGAAUGGGACCAUCCGAGGAGUGAGAAACAAAGUGAGUGCAGGCCAAGUGCUUUUCAACAACCUCUCCCAUGUCUACUCUGGAAAUCCUCGUCAACAAAAAAGGAGACCCUGGGAAAAGCAGUAGGCCAAACAAGAUGAACCCUUAGAGAUGUGGGACCCAAGGGCCAGGACAAAACACAGCCUAUAAGUGUUGAUGAGUGUGUGUAAAUGUGAUUUUUUUUCUGACUAUUUUUGUAUUUUUUUAAUAAUUUGUACAAAAUAUGUGAUGAUGUUUCC